GCUCUUUUUCUUCCCUCCCGCCACGACCCUGAGCGACGCGUGGCGAGCGCGAUGAGUCGCGCAAUGCAGAUGAAGUUCACGACGGCGUCGAAGGGAGACUCAUACGACAAGAUGACGCACUGCAACAACUGCCUUAUUGAACCGCCCAAGGGCCGGCCGUUCAUGCGCUGUGCGGCUUGCAAGGAAGCGUCGUUCUGCUCGAAAGAGUGUCAGAAGGAAGCAUGGCCCACGCAUAAGGGCUUUUGCCAGAUGCGAAAGAACACUGUGGCAUCGAUGGCGCAUGUGCCGUCCUCUCCCAACUUUCCGCCAUUUGCGAUCCGCAAGCGGCUGCUCACUGACUUCAUUGAGGUCCACGAAUGCUCGUUCCAGUCAUCCUGGUACUCUGCGAUCCACACUGCGGGCGGCAUGGACAGCUUCCCCUACGAUUCCCGCGGCCUACGUAUCUACCUCAAGUACAACCCGGCCUGCCAAGAGAACCCCGCGAUCGCGUACACGCUUUUGGCGCACGAAUGGUUCGAUGACGCGGCCGACCGCGCGGCGCUGAUGGCCAAGGGAUUUGCGGGGCUAGAGGAGCAGAUGAAGCGUGUGUUCGCGGGGCGCCCCGGGUUCCGCGGGUGGUUCCGGGUGUACUUCCGUAUCGAGGACCACCAGGUGCAGGAGUCGUACCCCCAAGAGCACGCGCUCGACCCCAUGGGCCUCACGCUGGAGCGCAUCAACGCCCAGCGGAAGCACCACCCGCAGUGGUUUGAGCGUGUCCAGAAGGUCGUCGCGGACGGGCUCGUCAAGCGGGCGCUGAACGAAAAUGACGCGGUGAUGCGGAUGGGGAGGAUGCGGCUCAAGAAGGACAAGUGGGUCUGGGAGCCUUUGAGCGAUCGGGAGCUCGAGGCGAGUGGACAACCGAAGGAUUUACUGUUCUGA